UGCAUUGGUCUGUUUGCAAUCCAAAGUUUAGUUAGCUAUAGUAAUACGACAGCUCGAGUCGCAGACAGACAGGCACAAGCCCGUGGUCGAGACCAAAAGCUCUCGCAGACAUAAACUAGCUAAACGCGCAGUGAACCUCACGUUCAGGCCCUUCAGAUCCCAGUGGUGUGUCCUUAGAAGAAGAUAAAGAGUACAAUGGCAGUCGCAGCAGCCCAGAAGAACCGCGAAAUGUUCGCCAUCAAGAAAUCCUACAGUAUCGAGAACGGUUACCCAUCUCGCCGUCGUUCCUUGGUUGAUGACGCCCGCUUCGAAACACUGGUAGUCAAACAAACCAAGCAGAGCGUACUUGAAGAGGCUCGCGCCCGAGCCAAUGACUCUGGCUUGGAAUCUGAUUUCAUCCAAGAUGGAGUGCAUAUUGGUAACGGUGAUAAUUCUCCAACCGUUGAAGAUGGGACCCAGCAAGAUGAAACGAAAAAUGGUCACCUCGCUGAUGCUGAUAUAGGCGAUGACGAUGCGAAGGGUGACGAGGAUUAUACGCUGACCGAAGAAGAAGUGAUCUUGCAAAAUGCUGCUAGUGAAUCUUCUGAAGCGGAACAAGCUCUCCAACAAGCUGCCCUUUUAUUGCAUAUGCGCGAUGGAAUGGGAUCCCUCGCACGCAUUCUGAAAACCAUCGACAAUUAUAAAGGAUGCGUUCAGCACCUUGAGACUCGCCCUUCCCAAGUCACUGGAGUCCAAUUCGAUGCUCUAGUUAAAGUCAGCAUGACUCGUAUUAAUCUUAUCCAGCUAAUUAGAUCCUUGCGUCAGUCAACCGCGUUUGCUGGUGUUAACCUUCUGACCGAAAAUAACAUCUCGAGCAAGACACCUUGGUUCCCGCGCCACGCUUCUGAUCUCGAUAACUGUAACCAUCUCAUGACCAAGUACGAACCCGAAUUAGACAUGAACCAUCCUGGUUUCGCGGACAAAGAUUACAGGGAACGCAGAAAACAGAUUGCGGAAAUCGCUUUCGCUUACAAAUACGGUGACCCGAUUCCGUCUAUCGCAUACACUGAAAUCGAGAAUGGCACUUGGCAACGAGUGUUCAACACCGUGCUUGAUUUGAUGCCCAAACACGCGUGCAGAGAGUACAAGGCUGCGUUCGAGAAACUACAGGCAGCAGACAUAUUCGUACCUCAUCGUAUUCCACAACUGGAAGAUGUCAGUAGCUUCUUGCGUAAGCACACUGGCUUUACCCUGCGACCGGCUGCUGGUCUUCUGACGGCACGUGACUUCCUCGCCUCGCUUGCCUUCCGCGUAUUCCAAUCGACACAAUACGUACGCCACAACAAUUCGCCUUUCCACACACCUGAACCUGACUGUAUUCACGAGCUUCUUGGUCAUAUACCAUUAUUGGCUGACCCCAGCUUCGCCCAAUUUUCGCAAGAAAUUGGCCUUGCAUCCCUCGGCGCUUCGGAUUCUGAAAUCGAAAAACUAUCUACUGUCUACUGGUUUACGGUUGAGUUCGGACUGUGCAAAGAGAACCAGCAACUGAAAGCUUAUGGUGCAGCUCUUUUGUCUUCGAUCGGAGAACUGCUUCAUGCUCUUAGUGACAAGCCUGAGCUGAGACCGUUCGAGCCUGCAUCCACAUCCGUGCAACCCUACCAAGACCAGGAGUACCAGCCCAUCUAUUACGUAGCUGAGACCUUCGAAGAUGCCAAAGACAAAUUCAGACGCUGGGUGUCAACCAUGUCGCGACCGUUCGAAGUGCGCUUCAACCCUCACACAGAGCGCGUAGAGGUGCUCGACUCCGUUGAUAAGCUGGAAACUCUCAUCUGGCAGCUCAACACCGAGAUGUUGCAUCUCACCAACGCCGUUAAGAAGCUCAAGGGCUCACACUUCGAGUGAUCUCCUUACCUUUACAGUACACAACAGUGGUUCAGUGCACGCGGCCUUGCCGCAUUCUGUAUAGCUAGUGAUAUUAUAGGUGUAAGACUGUUGUUGGCGUGCGUGGAACGUGUGUGAACAAGUGUGAUAACCAUCCGAUGGUACUUCGUUGAAUUCUUUUUUUGUACCUUAUUGUAGUAUUUAUUUUGCCCAGCUCAUUGCCUGGGUCUCGGAAAGUACACAGAUUUUCCGAUUGCCCAUUUACGGAGAAAGUGUACAUUGCGAGACUCCUUUACUAUUAUAUUAGUAUUAAUUUAUAACUUAAAUACACAAAGAUAAAAAAUGGAGCACCAAAAAGUUAAAAAAUCAAACGGAAUAUAUGAGUUUGAGUGGA